UUUACUUUUUGCAGGUUUAGGUUGAUAAGGAGUUUUGAACUGCACUGUUACUUUUUGGUUUUGACUCUUUUUUAUUGUUGUUGGUUGGAUUUUGAGACAGGGCUUCACUCUGUUGCCCAGACUGGAGUGCGGUGAUGUGAUCCUAGCUCACUGCAGAUUCUACCACCUGGGCUGAAGCAGUCCUUCCACCUCAGCAUCCUGAGGAGCUGAGACCACAGGUUGUGUGCCACCAUGUCUGGCUAAUUUUUGUAUUUUUUGUAGAGGCGGGGUUUUGCUGUGUUGUCCAGGCAGGGCUGGGCUGGGCUUGAACUCCUGAGUUUAAGCAAUCUGCCCACAUUGGCCUCUCAAAGUGUUGGGAUUAUAGGCAUGAAACACUGCUCCCGCCAACUUUCUUUUGUUUUAAUGGCCCCUCUUAAUUUGCAUAUCACUGAAGACUAAGACCUUUUGUUGUAGGUAUUUUUUGUAGCAGCCUAGAAAUGACCCUUAAUCUUUGAACUUCAAUUUUACUCAUAAAAUGUGAUCUUUUCUUUGCCAUGCCAACUUCACAGGGUUGUUCAGACAUUCAAAUAUAGUAUUGAAUGGAUGUGCUUCUAUCUGUGUAAUGGUCCGUGUUCAGUCAUGGUAUAGUGAUGAGGUAAUCCUGGCAAAUGAAUGCCCCAGAAGGGCUAUGUCUUGAUUUGUAACCUAGUCCUUGGUCAAGUCUUGAUUCUUCCCCAUGAUGAUUCAUCCUGUUGUCCCAUUCUCAUUUAAUAACAUCUUGCUUUAUGCCCAGUUGGCCAUUAGCCAACGCUUGUUGAGUGUCUGCUGUUUGUCAAGCCUGUGCAAGAUGCUGGGGAUAUAGAGGUGAGAGGCCAGACCCGGUCUCCUGGGUGCUUGUUCAAGUAGGGAAGUUUAAGACUGCAACAGCAAUUCUUGCCUCAAUUUCUAGUCUGCUGGUCUGCCCAAAAGAUUUAAGACUUGUCAGCCCUACAAUUGCAUGAGCCAGUUCCUUAAAAUAAAUCAUAGUGUGUGUAUGUCUGUAUAUUCGUACAUAUAUCCAUUCACACACACACACACACACACACACACACAUAUUGUUGUGUUUUGUAUUGGUUAUUUUCUCUGUAGAGCCCUUACUGAUACAAUACUCAAUAAAUGCUCUCGUUGUGGAUGCAGUAAGAAGAGGAACAAGCGUAGUAAACAAGGUGCUUGCUGUGGUUGUAGCCAUGUUGGGUUUGAGCUGCCCAUGGAAUCCAGGUGGAAAUACUGGCAGGCACAUGUAGCUGGGUUGCAGAGAACUCACAUGAGUGGUCUGGACUGUGGAGAUAUAUAAGUGUGGAAGUCACCAGGGUGUAGCUGUCAGUUGAAGCUGUUUGUGGAUGAUUUCACACAGAGAAAGUAGAGUAUGUAAGGUAAGAGGAAGUAUAAAGGUGGAACCCCAGGAAAUACCAACAUUUGGUGGGGAGGCGGAGGGGAGGAGACUGUACUGGAAACCAAGUAGGAGUAGACAGAGAGGGGGAAGAUCAAGAGAGAAUGGGUCAUGGAAACUAAGGCAGGGGAUGAUUUCAAGAAGGUGGAAGUACUGCAGUGUUAAGUGCCAUAAAAAGGUAGAGAGAAAUGUUGGAAAUUGUACAUUGGAUUUAGCUCCUAAGAGGUAUCACUGGAGGUGAAUGUUUCAGCAUCCCACCACCAUGUUACUGUGGGUGGGGGUGGAGUAGAGAAUCCAUGGUAAUGAAGUAGAGAUGGGUGUUUGCUGCUGCUGCUGCUGCUGCUUAAAGGAGCUCAGCUAGGAAGUGUGAGGAUAAGAAGGGGCUAUAGGCUUCCCAAGGAAGAGGUGAUUUUAGGAUGAGAGGGACUCUAGCAUGUUCAGAGGCUGAAGAAAGGAAGAGCCAGGUGAGAGGAAAAAAAAAUCAAUUCAGGAAGAGAAAGGAUAAGUGUUGAACAGGGUCUCUUCUGUGGAUGGAGGGACAAGCACAGGAAAUGGCCAGUAGCAUUGCCAGAGGAGGGGUGCCUCUUUCAUUUGACUGUGUGGAAAGAGGAAAGGCUAUUUGGGGAUACAGAGAAGUCUAUAGAAGGCAGGGGGCUGCAAUUUUUGCCCUUGUAAAAGCUUCUGUCUUUUUGUGUGAAGUGGAGCCUUGGCAUCCACUGAUAGCCAAGGGUAGAUGAUGCAGUAGGGUCUUUGAAGAAAGAGAAGGUAUAAAAUUACUGUGUGGAGCUUGGAAGUGGGAGUUGAUUUUUGCUCCUCAUUGUGUAUUGAAUGAAAGUUAUACUCCACAGUCUGAUAUUUACAAAGACCUCCACAAUCUGCCUUUUAUCAGUUCUGCCAGACUACCUAUAUUUUUUGUUUCAUUCUAGCACCCUUGUACUUUAGUUGAGUGUCUCUGAUGUGGCACUAGAAUGUGGCUUUGAGAGAUUAGAUGCUGUAGGGAAGAUGCUGUUAGACUGAGAGUCAGGGGUCCUGUGUCCAGUUUGGCUCCUCCACUUAUCAGCAAUGUGACCUUGGACAUACCUUAAUUCUCUAAGUUCAUUUUUUCAUUUAUAAACUGUUAAUAACAAUAGUAAGUAUUGAUGAAGGCGUGUCAAAUGAGAAAACAUAUUUUAAAGUGCUUUGAAGAGGGUGAGUAUUAUUUAAGUGGAGAUGGUCAUCAGGCCAUCCCUAAUCCUAGCCUCAGGGUUCCUUCCAUACCAUUAGAGUCCUCCACCUUCUCUCCAGCUGCCAUUUAAUUCAGCCUGUACUGUAUAGAGAAAUACCAGCUACUGUAAUAGAUAAACCCUGCUGAAACCUCAGUGGCUUAAAACAGUAGACAUAUCUGUGCUUAUUUAAAAUCCAGUCAUCUGUGGGGAUUGAGGGGGCCCAGCCUAAUGGUGCUCUGUCAUCUUCAAAUCAUGGUUUCCAAGGUUGCGCUGGGUGUCAGUGGCCAGCCAGCGGUGUUGGAUAAGAGUGUGAGAGGGCAUGAUUGGGAGGUGUUUGUAUACUAGGCUUAUGAUGGGAGCUAGUGACUCACGCCAAAGGAGAGGUGGUUGAGAAGAGGCAUCUAUCUACUGGAUGGGAGGUGAAUUUGGGGUGUGUGGGUGCUUAUUUGCACAAAAUGGUUGACGUGGCUCAAGAGGAGUGAGGCAGGACCUGUGCAACCCCAGGAGGGAAUGGAGAAGCUCUUGCCUGUAUGGGCAGAGCUUGGGAAGGGUCAAGGGGCCUAGGACUUGUUCAUGGUAAAGAAGGCAAGUGAUGCAAAGGUGAGAGAGAGGCCCCUGUGUCAGGGAAGAGGGAGCUGAGAACUGGGUGUUCACACACGUUUGUGGUGAGCUUCUUAAAAGCUAGGGAGGCAGACACUGUUUACCUUCCUAAGAUAAGAAAAUGAAUGUAGUGGUGCCUUGAUAAAGGCCACACAACUAAUAGGCAGCAGAGAAAUGAGCUAGGGCCUGGGUCUUUUGAAAAGAAAAGCCCCUAGUUGUGAGACCAGGAAACAUCCCACUGGGAGGGCUGGAAAACCUUGGCUUUGAAGAAGUUGGUUUGAAGUAAACCCUUGGGCACAGGGUGGAAGAGCACAUGUCGUGGCCUAUUCCUUUAUAGGUGACUCACCCUUUGCCUGCAUCUACUGGAUGGGAGGUGAAUUUGGGGUGUGUGGGUGUUUAUUUGCACAAAAUGGUGGAGGGGGCUCUGAGAAGAGUGAGGCAGGACCUGUGCAACGCCAGGAGGGAAUGAAGAGGCUCCUGCCUUGAUGGACAGAGCUUGGGAAGAGCCUAGGGGCCUAGGACUGGUUCCUGGUGAAGGAGGAAGGGCAAAUAUUCUAAUGCAGGGGUGUGCUUAAUGAGUUCAAGGACUGAAAGGGGACCAGGUUGGUACAAGACUAACAGGAGGAGAGGUGCGUGAGAAGAUAUUGGCAAGCAAAGCAGGGCCCAUAUCACUCAAGAACUUACAGGGCAUAUCAAGGUCUACUGUAAGGUCGAUGAGAAGCCAUUGUAUAUUUUGAGUAUGGUGUAUGAUGGCUUGAUAUAUAGUUUAAAAAGACCACCCAGACUGUUGUGUGGAGAAUGGGUAGAGGGGAGGCCAGAGUAUAAAUUGAGUGUAGUGGGUGAGGGAAAAGGAGGAAUUAGGAGGAAAUGAAAGUCUGGAGCUCAGAGAAGAGGUUCAGGCUGGAAAAUACAUUUGAUCCUGUAUUUCCUGUUAGCUCACUCCCUGUUUUUAGUCAGGCUUCCUGCGAAUAGCCUUAUCCAUGGUCUCUGCUUCCUCAACUCCUACAGUCAAUCCUCUGUACUCUGGCCUCUGUCACUGCCACUUCCUUGAAACAUCUCAGGCAAAGGGCACCCGAGGCACUUUGUGGUUACCUAAGUCUAGGCCUUUAGCCCUCGUCUGACUUGUCUUGCAUUCCUUCACACUGUGAGUCACUUCUGCCUUGAGAGGCCUUCCUCCUUAGCUCUUCUGUCUUUCUGACCCUUCAUUCUAUGGCCUCUUUCUGGUUUUCCAGUCCUCAGACCAUCCCUGAAAUGUUAGCAUUCCCCAGGCUCCUGGGUUUCCAGUUGGUCCUUUUGGCUUCCCCUGUACCCGUCUGUAUAGAAUAAACCCUACCCCACUUCAUUAGGCCAACAUCUACUUGCCUUUCCACCUUCACCUCAGGUGCCCCUCCUCCGAAAGCCGCCUCUGACCCCUCGGGUUGGUUAGGCGCCACUUCUCCUCCUUUUCCAUUUCUCCUGGAGCAUAAAGUAGAUUAUCUCUAUGAUAGCACUUAGCACCCUGUUUACUUAUUUGUCUCCCCAGUCUAAUAGUGCUUGAGGGAUAGAGUUACAAUGAAAUACUGCGUGAUCUAGGACAAAGAUUGCUUUCUACAGUUCAGGUGAAAGCCACGCUUUAUAAUAAAGGUAUCUACACCUGAUUGUAUAUCCUUUAAUAGGGCAUCAUUUCUCACUGGCUCUGAAGGCUGGAAUUCUGGUAUAAUAUAUUCUAUGAACAGAAGAGAUUAAUUUAACUAGAAAUAAUCAGUAAUUGUCUCAAUUUUCUGAAAGAAAAAAAUGACUAAGAAUCUGAAUUGCUUCAAAAGGGCUUCUAAAGACUUGCAUUUCUUGCCUAGUAAUUUGGAUCUCUGCUCCCUCACUCCCACCCCAAAGCCUGUUACAUGUGUCUUGUAUUUUGUGAUUCCACAAUUCUGGGUUUGACAUUACAAUUGCCUCCAUGGUGAUGAACACUAACGUUCUCUUAUGCUGAAUUGUGAUAGCCUUCUAAGGCAGCAAAUAGACUGAAUGAAAGAUGAGCUUCUGCCUUUAUAUUCUUCCCUCCGGCUACCCAACUCAUUGUGGUGAAAGAAAAAGAAAAUACUGGUGGAGACUGCAGUCUAUGCUUAGGACUGAAGUGCAACUCCAAAAGCAACACGCGACCCUUUAAAGAUGCUUGUGGGACUGUAUAAAGUGAAGAGGGAAACUGGAGAAAACAAUGAAAUUGAAUAGGGAAAACCUGCUUUCUGCAAACAACUGAAAAAACUGCACUUAGAAACUGUUUCUUUGGCUCUCACUGGGAAGCUGGAACUUGUAUUGUGAGGCCCCUGAUGGGACAAGCUCUGAACUGCUGAUCACCCAGUGAUUGUCACCAUGGCCAGCAAGAGGAAAUCCACCACACCAUGCAUGAUCCCAGUGAAGACAGUGGUGCUGCAGGAUGCCAGCAUGGAGGCCCAGCCCACUGAGACCUUGCCUGAAGGACCCCAGCAGGAUCUACCCCCAGAAGCACCUGCUGCCAACAGCGAGGCAGCCCAGAACCCCAACAGUACUGAUGGCUCUGCACUAGCCAAUGGGCAUCGGAGCACUUUAGAUGGCUAUUUAUAUUCCUGUAAAUACUGCAAUUUCAGAUCCAAUGACAUGAGCCAAUUUGUGGGACAUAUGAACUCAGAGCACACAGACUUUAAUAAAGACCCAACUUUUGUAUGCAGUGGGUGCAGUUUUCUGGCAAAAACCCCUGAGGGGCUUUCCUUGCACAAUGCCACGUGUCACUCAGGGGAAGCCAGCUUUGUGUGGAAUGUGGCCAAGCCAGACAAUCAUGUGGUUGUGGAGCAGAGCGUCCCUGAGGGCACCAGCACUCCUGACCUAGCAGGUGAGCCCAGUGCCGAAGGGACUGAUGGACAGGCAGAAAUCAUCAUUACCAAAACUCCAAUCAUGAAGAUAAUGAAAGGCAAAGCUGAAGCCAAAAAAAUUCAUACUCUCAAGGAGAAUGUCCCUAGCCAGCCUGUGGGUGAGGCCUUACCGAAGCUGUCGACUGGAGAAAUGGAGGUGAGAGAGGGGGACCAAUCCUUCAUCAAUGGGGCAGUUCCAGUCAGCCAGGCAUCUGCCAGCUCUGCAAAAAACACCCAUGCCACCAACGGGCCCCUGAUAGGAACAGUGCCAGUUUUGCCGGCUGGCAUAGCACAGUUCCUCUCUCUCCAGCAGCAGCCCCCAGUGCAUGCCCAACACCAUGCCCAACAGCCAUUGCCCACGGCCAAGGCCCUUCCCAAAGUGAUGAUCCCCCUGAGCAGCAUUCCAACGUACAACGCAGCCAUGGACUCGAACAGCUUCCUGAAGAACUCCUUCCACAAGUUCCCCUACCCAACCAAAGCUGAGCUCUGCUAUUUGACUGUGGUGACCAAGUAUCCAGAAGAACAGCUCAAGAUCUGGUUCACAGCCCAAAGGCUGAAGCAAGGGAUCAGCUGGUCCCCUGAGGAGAUUGAGGAUGCCCGGAAAAAGAUGUUCAAUACAGUCAUCCAGUCUGUGCCUCAGCCCACAAUUACGGUUCUAAAUACCCCACUGGUCGCCAGUGCUGGCAAUGUCCAGCAUCUCAUCCAGGCUGCUCUCCCAGGUCACGUUGUAGGGCAGCCAGAGGGCACAGGAGGGGGACUUCUAGUCACUCAGCCAUUGAUGGCCAAUGGGUUACAAGCAACAAGUUCCUCUCUCCCCCUCACAGUGACAUCUGUCCCCAAGCAGCCAGGUGUGGCACCCAUUAACACUGUGUGUUCAAAUACAACAUCAGCUGUGAAGGUGGUCAAUGCAGCCCAGUCGCUCCUCACAGCCUGCCCCAGCAUAACCUCCCAAGCCUUCCUUGAUGCUAGCAUCUACAAAAAUAAGAAAUCUCACGAACAGCUGUCGGCUCUGAAAGGGAGCUUCUGUCGGAACCAGUUCCCAGGGCAGAGCGAAGUUGAGCAUCUCACCAAAGUGACCGGCCUCAGUACCAGAGAGGUGCGGAAAUGGUUCAGUGAUCGUAGAUACCACUGCCGGAACUUGAAGGGCUCCAGAGCGAUGAUGCCUGGAGAUCACAGCUCCAUCAUCAUUGACUCUGUGCCAGAGGUGUCCUUCUCCCCAUCAUCCAAGGUCCCUGAGGUCACCUGCAUCCCACCAACAGCCACAGUAGCAACUCACCCUUCUGCCAAACGACAAUCUUGGCACCAGACUCCUGACUUCACACCAACCAAAUACAAGGAGAGAGCCCCUGAGCAACUCAGAGCCCUGGAGAGCAGUUUUGCACAAAACCCUCUUCCUCUUGAUGAGGAACUAGACCGCUUGAGAAGUGAAACUAAAAUGACCAGAAGAGAAAUUGAUAGCUGGUUUUCAGAGAGACGGAAAAAAGUGAAUGCUGAGGAGACUAAGAAGGCUGAGGAGAAUGCCUCUCAGGAGGAAGAGGAGGCUGCUGAGGAUGAGCGUGGAGAAGAGGAUUUGUCCAGUGAGCUAAGGGUCUCUGGUGAAAAUGGCUCUCUGGAAAUGCCCAGCAGCCAUAUCUUGGCAGAGCGUAAAGUCAGCCCCAUUAAAAUCAAUCUGAAGAACCUGCGGGUCACUGAAGCCAAUGGCAAGAAUGAGAUUCCAGGGCUGGGUGCCUGUGACCCGGAAGAUGAUGGGUCAAACAAACCGGCAGAGCAGUUCCCAGGCAAAGUGAGCUGCAAAAAGACUGCCCAGCAGCGGCACUUGCUACGGCAGCUCUUUGUCCAGACACAGUGGCCGAGCAACCAAGACUAUGACUCCAUAAUGGCCCAGACAGGUCUGCCCCGGCCAGAGGUGGUGCGCUGGUUUGGAGACAGCAGGUACGCACUGAAGAAUGGCCAACUCAAGUGGUACGAAGACUAUAAGCGAGGCAACUUCCCACCAGGGCUACUGGUCAUUGCCCCUGGCAACCGGGAGCUUCUUCAGGACUAUUUCAUGACGCACAAGAUGCUCUACGAAGAGGACCUGCAGAACCUCUGUGACAAGACCCAGAUGAGCUCCCAGCAGGUCAAGCAGUGGUUUGCUGAGAAAAUGGGGGAGGAGACCCGAGCCAUGGCAGACACAGGCAUUGAGGACCAGGGCCUUGGUACUGGUGAGCUCACAGCAGUUCACAAAGGGAUGGGUGACACCUAUUCAGAGGUAUCUGAGAACAGUGAGUCGUGGGAGCCCAGUGUCCCUGAGGCCAGCUCAGAGCCCUUUGACACAUCGAGUCCCCAGGCUGGACGUCAGCUCGAAACAGACUGAAUUUGAUCUGAUUAAUGUGAAGGACUGGCCAGUCUGGGAUACCGCCUGCCACGUGGAAGAGCCAAACCCAACUCUCUGCUGCCACAUGCCCAGCUGCUGGGCACCUGAGAAAGCUUCCGGAGUCCUCGCAGACAGCCCAGAGCCUGCCGCUAUCCUUGGCCUGCCCACCACCAAGCAAGCAGCAAGGAAGACAGGGUUCUCAUCAGUUCUUCCUCCCACAAUGUAGGACCUUUCCUUUACCUUCCAAUGGAUAAAAUAGUUCAGAUUUCAUAUUCAUAUUCAUAGACACAGAAUCAAGUUUUUAAAGUAUACGUCUACCUAUAUAUGUUAAAUAAAACAUCAGACUAUCAACACUGUCAUUACAUAGAAACUUUGAUUAGCCAAGCAAUGCAUUGUCCUUUACAUCAUCUCUCAAAAUGACCUGUGUCUGUUCUCUGGGGAUCGCUGGGUCACAGGUGCCCCUUACCUUCCACAGUCAGGCAGGGAAGUUAUAGGCACACUCAAAGCUACAUCUGGAACCCCUUAGUGCCCUCUUUGUGUUCCUCAAGGAAGCAGUACCUUUGAAGGGAUCUCUGCUGCAUUAAAUGGUGACCAGCUAACAUUUCAUGCCAGGCUUGGUUUGCCUUGUGGGCUACUCAGUGCAGAACCUGCUGUAACCCUCCGUUCAAAAAACGGACUGGCAAUGUGAUUAAUGUUGGAUGCUUUACCACUGUCUUUAGUUGUUACCGUGAUUCUGCUAUUUCACGGGAGUUUGAAUCAUGGACCCUAACUUUUCAGUUGCCAGAUCAACUGAAGAAACAUGUGUUGUUAAGCCUAAUCUGCUGACCUAUGUGCCUGCAAUUUUUUUUUUUUUAAAUCUAGACAUGUUUGGAGUGAGAGGAAGAUGGAAAAAAGAAAUGGGGUGGGGAUGUAAGUGGAAGUCUAUAGCCUGUAGCUUUGACCACUGUGGUUUUCAGAGCCCUUUCUCCACACUCAUUUCAGAGCCUCCUAUGGUUUGGGAAGGAAGAACACACUGUCCCAUUAGUAAAAGUGAAGGCUGAAGGGAUUUGUUCACUUCUUGGAAUUGUCAGAGGUAGGGUGGUCUUUAGCACAAAGACUUGUAUGCAGGGUUCCCUGGCAGAACACCCAGAGUGCCCCUGGCUCCCACCCCAGGGCCUGGCUGGUGUGCUGGAUGCACACCUGAGGGUGCUGGGCAUCACUGGUCCUUGUGAAGAUGCUUUUAAAAUUCUAUAUUUAUAUCCCCAAACUUGGAAACAAGAACUCUACUUUAGCCUAACCCUCAUGUCCUUUUUUGAAUUGAGAAAAUUACAGGAAAGGGUGCCUUUGAAAAUUAGAAAACAUGCUUACAGAGCUGUACUAAAUGGUAAAUCCCCAAUUUUCCCAAGACCAGCUGCUCUGAGAGUGGCAAGUAAAGAGGGGUGAACUAAAGACCUGUCCACCUAUAGCUCCGCUCACCUCUGAGAAAUCACCUGCUUCCCAGAGUGCCAAGCCACAGGUGCCAGGCCUUGUUGGCACAGACAGCUCCUGGGCUGGCUGGGUGACAGUGCUAGAAGACCCCAGAGAGAGGGCAGAGGCUUUGGGCAAGAAGCACUAGUGGUAGUUUAGGGACUGUCCUCCCCUGUCCCAGGGAACUGGACCUGGCAGGGCAGCAUUCUCAUGUGGCUCUAAAGACAAGCAUGGCGGUAGCCCCUCCUGCCUUCCAGGAGAGGGCUUCUUUGGAAACCAAAAUCAUGUUCUUCUAAAGUGUCAUCUUCUGCCCUCCCCAUCCCAAUAGGGACCACAUCUUAUUUCUUUCAAAUGGACUGUAAGUACUUAGCAAGUUUUGCCAGCCAAUUUUUGUAUUCUUACCGUUUGGGGAGUGAAGAUUUUUGGUGUCAAAAACCUUUUAGGAAUUGCCAGGAAUGGCGAGUGAUUGCUUUCCUCCAGAGAACAGACACUUGGAAUUUCUCCUUUUAGUGUUUAUGUACAUGCAGAUUAAUUUAUACACACACACACACACACAGAGUAUAAUUUGAUUCUCAUAAAAUGUGCAUCUGGCGCGUGCAUUUGAGAAACUUGGUGGCACACGGAUGUUGGGGAAGUAGCCUGUGACAGAGGGAUGCCAGUGCACUAGGUGGCUGGGGUGGAAGCCAUCUCCAGGUGUCUGAGAAACCACCCAGUGCCUCACCUCCAAAUCCUGCUGGCAUCACCUCCAGAGCCCUGCAUGCUCUGGCUGAGGAGUUGGUCUGUGGAGAGGAUUUUAUUGGUUAUUUGUAUUUACAUUUAAUUUACAACCCAAACAGCAAAACACAGUUGGUGGACAAGUUAAUGCAGGACAGAGAGUGUCCCAGCCAUGGGCACCAGCUCAUCUUUCAGGAGGAAAAGUACAGUGCUGCCUGCCCUGGCAUGGUUUUCUUACAGAUGUUGGCCCUGCCCAACAGCCAGGGCUAUACCACAAAAGGCAAGAAUGCCCAUGUAAGGAGCCCAGCAGGCUGGACAGACCCUUCUUCCCCUCCUCUUGGAUGAGAAUGAGUGAGUAUGGUCUAGACCUUAACCUUGAAAGAUGAUUAACAGUGAUGAUGAGGGAGGCAGUCAUCAGGCAGGUGCUUAAAGGGAUGUUGUAGGAGGUACUCAAGGGUUUGGGGGCAAAACCCUGAAUGCAGCAUCAUUCACAGAGGCACACCCACACUAGCCCAGUGGCAGUGGGGGAUGUGGGGUGGCAGCCAGGUAUGUAGCCCUGUCACAAGACAGCUGACUGUGGUUUUGCACACUGCUGAAGGGUUGUGUUGUUGCCGUCAGUAGAAGGCAUUUGUGGGCUGCAGAGUUGAGAGGUGGAUGGGGUUAGUCUCUUCAGAAGAAAAGCCUAUGAAAAGUGGCUACUCUUAUCUGUUUUCUCUAUAUGCAGUUGGACUCAUCAGAGAUAGUAAAAUCAUCUUUUAGUGUUUUUUGUUGCUGACGUCUUGUACCUGUUUGUUUUUUACAUGUAGAUCCAGUUCUCAUAGGUGAAGCCAGAUCAUCAUUCUGAUAAAGGAAAUUUAAAUUUGAUACAUAUGCUUUGUAUAUUUUGAUUACUUGUGUUUUUGACUGUGAAGGAGCUUUUUUACUUUGGGAGGGAGGAGUGCCAUUUUUGAGAAUCUUGGGUUCCUGAAAAAGAAUGCCCUAGUUGGAUGGCUUGCCAGGGCUUUGUGAUUUGGUAGUGAUUGUACAACUUAAAGCUCCUUUCUCUUGGCUGAGUGACAGGUGGCUAUUCUGGAGGACCAAAGCACCUUGACACAAGGACUCUGCACCCUGCUCUCUAGUAGCACAAGGAGGAAAUUGGAUAGAACAUGGGAUAGUGUCUUAUGGACUCCCACAUGUACUAGUGAUCUCAUCUCCAGCUGGCCAUGGGAGGCUGUCCCAUCAGGAAGUUUUGUAUUCUCUAGCCUGAGAUGUGGCCCUUGUGGGUUUUAUCUUAGUGAGUGACCUAGUUGCAGGUCCUGUGUUCUCUCCCUCUCCCUCUUGGCUGCCUUUUAUGGAGGAAGGACACUGGCUUUUGUGGUUGGAUACUAUAUGCAUACUCCCUCCUUCAGCUCUGUGUGGAUGCUCCCUGCUUGGGCCUUGUGGCCUCUUUUUUCGUUGUCUCUUCUUGGACCAACAUCCUCAGAUUGGUGCAGCCUUUUCAGUUCAGAUAUCACAGCCCAAGUGGAUAAAGGCAACUUGCAGGAGAGGAGAGCCAGACAAGAAAUUGUUUUUUUUCUUAUGAGACAGAGUCACUGUGUUGCCAGGCUGGAGUGCAAUGGCAAGAGCUCUGUUCACUUCAACCUCCGCCUCUGGGGUUCAAGUGAUUCUCCUGCCUCAGCCUCCCGAGUAGCUGGGACUACAGGCGCACGUCAUCACACCCAACUAAUUUUUGUAUUUUUUUAGUAGAUUCGGGAUUUCACCACAUUGUCCAGGAUGGUCUCGAUCUCACAACCUUGUGAUCUGCCCACCUUGGCCUUUCAAAGUGCUGGGAUUACAGGCAUGAGCCACCUUGCCUGGCCAAGAAAAUUUUAAAACCAAACCUAGUUUGGGAUUUUCCUAAAGUCAUGUCUCUUUUUCCUGGUCAGAGUUUACCUGGGAGAUUUUGUCAGUUUGACUCACCAUUUGCAGAAGAUGUGCUUUUGUAUUAAGUUUAAAUUUUCACAUAUCACAUCCAUUUUCAAGAUAGUUAUACGUUGGAGAAGAAAAAUCUUCUAGACACAUGAAGGUCUAUGUAGUCAACUCUUCCAGGGCAAAGCCAGCAGUCCACCCAGGUCAGGUAGCCAGCAGGGCUCAGUUCCCCUCACUCCAGACAUGGACCCUCCUCUUCAGGGUCUCUUGACCCAGUUUCCUUCUCUCCUUGUCUCUGAGAGCACAGAUCUCUCUCAGCCAGCCUGCCCAGACCAUGGAGUGGCGGGGGCAUCCCUGUGUGGCCUGGGGAGCAUUUGAUCUCAAAAAAGCUCCAGUGCCUGAGCAGGGAGGGAGUUGUGGAGCUCAAGCCUUUCUCCUGUGCUCAAGUCCCUUCCCCACGUAAGGCUUCAACCUAAUGUACCCACCGUGUAGUUUUCUCUGGCCCAUUUAAAUGGAGCAGGGACAUGGCUGAGCCAUGACACACCAGGACUGGUGAGGCAACCAGUUUUGAUUUCGACAGAGUGGCUGGAUGAAAAGUGGCAACCAGGGUGCUGGUUUGCUUCGAGUGCAAAUGGAACCAACAGGUUUCUGCUGCAAUUUGUGUUACCAGUGCCAGGUCACACUAGGAGAGGUGGGGCAGGGCUAACCCAAGGUGUCUCUGAAUUCGCCGAGCAUCUGCACUUGGUUGUGCAGUUAAUGGGAGUACAUAGAGCAUCUGGCCUUAGAGAGGGGUUGAGACUCUCCUUUUUGGUUCUUUUUCCUGAGCUCUUUGAAUGGGGGCCCAGUCCUUCAUCAGACUGGAAAUAUGACAGAGAAGUUUCUAUUUAGCCCUAGAUCCCAGCAGGAUUCUAACUGCCCUGAAGUCUGGAGUGUAGGAGGGAACCCAGAGGCUGGGAAUGAGACUAGGCAGACCCUGGUUACCAUAUGGACAAGGAUAGGGGCAAACACUCACUUCCUCAGUUUUUGAAAGUCCUAUCUUUGGGUUUGCAGGACUUUGAGGAUGAUAAAGAAUGUAUAGUUACCAGCUUGUUGUUGCUGGUCCCAAGCUUCUACAGCCCUCAGAACCUGGCUUUUCUGGCUGCUCUGGCAGGAACUGGGCCAAGGGAGAAGGGAGAAAGGCAGCCACUCUGGUGGGGACUCCAGGCACCUUCCUGCUGUCUGCUUGGAUAGGCGGUGAGUGCCGGGGUACUGAGAGGAGCCUGAGCAUUUACCUGCCAUUAGUGCCUCUUACUUCAGGAGACCAGCUUGAAGUGUGUGUAUGUGUGUACAUGCUGACAAUCUCAUGUGUCAGAGGAGCACCUGUAUGUGUUAAUGUAGUCUUUCUUGGUUAAUGCUUUUUAGCUUUUGUUUCCUUUCCAUAAAUGGAUGAUUCAAAAUUAAUGUGACUGGAGUUAAAGGUGAACUGUCAGGCUGUUCACUCACUAAAUAUAGAGAGCUACAACUGCUUGGUCUUUCCCAAGAGUCAAACCUGAGUAGAAAUACUGUUAAAAGAAGAAUCUACCACAAGGGACCUAUGAAUCCUGUAAUUUGUGUUUAAGGAGAUUUGUCACUAUCCCUGGUUCCUGCCCAUACAGUGCUAUCUCAUUCUUGCAGUUUGCUUGAAACAGGGCCAGAGCCCAUAGGAGAUUGUCAGCAGGAGUGGGGAACGCCAGCACCCACUCCUCAGCAGGGACCCAGUACGACAAUCGGGUUGUUUCCUGUUAGACUGGGUCAGGGCCAGGGGAGAAGCAGUCACCCAUGUAGAGAGUUCCUGCCGAGUUUCUGAGCAGUUGCUUUGUUCAACAGUGUCAGGAGGGUCAGAUUGUGCCAUAAUUGUUAUUAAAGAGAAAACACGCCUACCUUCCUCUCUUCCCUGCUGGCCAUUGUUCAUUGAGAUUUUACUGAGUGCAGCCUUUGUGGAAGUCAGGGAGGUUGCCAAAGGCCUGUAGAUGCCUCCUGACCAGGUCUUGAUUCCUGGUAUUCUAGCACCCAUUUGCAUUCUGGUCUUCAGCACAAAGCCUUGUUCCCUGUGGCCAGACUGCCAGGCAGUUCAGACUGGGGAGUGACUGUUGAGCAGUCUGCUCUCAGCGGAGAUGGCUGAAGAGGUGAUCAUCUUGGUGCUAAACAAGUAAGAGGCAACUGCCCUGUUUUUGUUUGUCCUGAGGCACAACGAAACUUUAGCCAAAUUCUGCAAGAGGGUCCCAUCUCCUGCCAUGGCCAGGUGUGAGACUGAACCGAGAAAUGGCAUACUCUUAUCACUUAAGCCUUGGGUAGAAUGGGAAUUCCUUACCCUGGGUAAAUGUUUUAACAACAAAAAUGGAAGUCAACUUUGGUUUGGACUGUGGUUGUGCUGAGGCAGAAGUGGGGCUGCCCUCUUGGGGCUGAAUCUCCAGGCCUCAUGAGGUCCCCUGUGGGGAUGCUGCUAUUUCUAAGAUGCAAAUUGCACAUUUCCUAGAUUUUGUAUCUGUGGAUUUGGAUAAGGGAGGGGAACAGGGACAAAUGCUUGUACAAUUUGAAGUGGACUUCAAUGGUACUUCAAACCUUUUGAUUGUUCCUAAAUAAAAACAUAAAUAUAUUUCA